GUUCUUCACUCUGAGGACAAGGUUUUUCACCCUGAGGACAAUGUUGCUCACACUGAGGACAAGGUUCUUCACUCUGAGUACAAGGUUCUUCACUAUGAGGACAAGGUUCCUCAAUAUGAGGACAAGGUUCUUCACGCUGAGGACAAGGUUCCUCACUUUGAGGACAAGGUUCUUAACACUGAGGACAAGGUUAUUCUCUCUGAGGACGAAGUUCUUCACUCCGAGGACAAGGUUCUUCACUCUGAGGAUAAGGUUCCUCACACUGUGGACAAGGUUCCUCACUUUGAGGACAAUGUUCUUCACUCUGAGGACAAGGUUCUUCACUCUGAGGACGAAGUUCUUCACUCCGAGGACAAGGUUCUUCACUCUGAGGACAAGGUUCCUCACACUGAGGACAAGGUUCUUCAGUCUGAGGACAAGGUUCUUCAAUCUGAGGACAAGUUUCCUCACAUUGAAGACAAGGUUAUUUAAACUCUGACGACAAGGUUCUUCACUCUGAGGACAAGGUUCUUCCCUAUGCGGACAAGGUUCCUCACCCUGAGGACAAGGUUCUUCACGAUGAGGACAAAGUUGCUCUCUGAGGCAAGGCUCCUCACGCUGAGGACAAGGUUUUUCAACCCGUGGACAAGGUUCCUCACUUUGAGGAUAAGGUUAUUUAAACGCUGAGGACAAGGUCCUUCACUCUGACGACAAGGUUUUUCACUCUGAGGACAAGGUUCUUCACUCUGAGGACAAGGUCCUUCACUCCGAGGACAAGGUUCUUCACUCUGAGGACAAGGUUCUCACACUGUGGACAAGGUUCCUCACUUUGAGGACAAUGUUCUUCACUCUGAGGACAAGGUUCUUCACUCUGAGGACAAGGUCCUUCACUCUGAGGACAAGGUUCUUCACACUGAGGACAAGGUUCUUCAUUCUGAGGACAAGGUUCUUCAAUCUGAGGAAAAGGUUUCUCACACUGUGGACAAGGUUGCUCACUUUGAGGUCAAGGUUCUUCACUCUGAGGACAAGGUUCUUCACUCUGAGGACAAGGUUCUUCACUCUGCGGACAAGGUUCGUAACUCUGAGGACAAGGUCCUUCACUCGGAGGACAAGGUUCUUCACUCUUGGGACAAGGUUCCUAACUCUGAGGACAAAGUUCUUCACUCUGAGGACAAGGUUCUUCACUCUGAGGACAAGGUUACUCACUCUGACCACAAAGCUCCUCACUUUAGGAAAAAGGUUCCUCGCACUGAGGACAAAGUUGCUGUUACUGAGGACAAGCUUACUGACUCUGAGGACGAGUUCUUCACUCUGAGCACAAGGUUCGUCACUUUGAGGACAAAGUUCGUCACACUGAGGACAAAGUUGCUGACACUGAGAACAAUGCCCUCACUCUCAGGAAAAAGUUCUUCACUCUGAGGACAAGGAUCUUCACUCUGAGGACAAGGUUCGCCACUCUGAGGACAAGGUUUCUCUAUCUGAAGGGAAGGUUCCUCAGACUGAGGACAAGGCUCUUAACUCUGAGGACAAGGUUCUUCACUCUGAGGAGAAGGUUCUUCAAUCUGAGAAGAAGGUUCCUCACACUGUGGACAAGGUUCCUCACUUUGAGGACAUGGUUAUUCAAACUCUGAGAACAAGGUCCUUCACUCUAAGGAUAAGGUUCUUCACGCUGAGGUCAAGGUUCCUCACACUGUGGUCAAGGUUCCUCACUUUGAGGACAAGGUUCUUUUCUCUGAGGACAAUUUUCUUCACUUUGAGGACAAGGUUCUUCACUCUGAGGACAAGGUGCUUCAAUCUGAGGACAAGGUUUCGCACACUGUGGACAAGGUUCCUCACUUUGAGGACAAGGUUCUUCACUCUGAGGACAAGGUUCUUCACUCUGAGGACAAGGUUCUUCACUCUAUGGACAAGGUUCUUCAAUCUUAGGACAAGGUUUCUCACACUGUGGACAAGGUUCCUCACUUUGAGGUCAAGGUUCUUCACUCUGAGGACAAGGUUCUUCACUCUGAGGACAAGGUUCUUCACUCUGCGGACAAGAUUCCUCACUCUGAGGACAAGGUUCCUCACUCUGAGGACAAGGUUCUUCAAUCUGAGGACAAGGUUCCUCACUUUGAGGACAAGGUUAUUUAAACUUUGAGGACAACGUUCUUCACUCUGAGGACAAGGUUCUUCACUCUGCGGACAAGGUUCCUCACUCUGAGGACAAGGUUCUUCACUAUGAGGACAAUGUUCUUCACUCUGAGGACAAGGUUCUUCACGCUGAGGACGAGGUUUUCCACCCUGAGGACAAUGUUCCUCACACUGAGGACAAAGUUCUUCACUCCGAGGACCGGGUCCUUCACUGUGGGGACAAGGUUCCUCACUAUGACGACAAGGUUCUUCACGCUGAGGACAAGGUUCCUCACUUUGAGGACAAGGUUCUUCACUCUAAGGACAAGGUCUUCACUCAGAGGACGAAGGUUCCUCACCCUGAGGACAAGGUUCCUCAACCUGAGGACAAGAUUCUUUACUCUGACGACAAGGUUCUUCACUCUGACGACAAGGUUCCUCACACUGAGGACAAGGUUCUUCAAUCUGAGGACAAGGUUCCUCACACUGUGGACAAGGUUCCUCACUUUGAGGACAACGUUAUUUAAACUCUGAGGACAAGGUCCUUCACUCUGAGGACAAGGUUCUUCACUCUGAGGACAAGGUUCUUCACUCUGAGGACAAGCUUCUUCACUCUGAGGACAAGGAUCUUCACUCUGAGGACAAGGUUCUUCAGGCUGAGGACAAGGUUCCUCACACUGUGGACAAGGUUCCUCACUUCGAGGACAAGGUUCUUCACUCUGAGGAAAAGGUUCUUCACUCUGAGGACAAGGUUCUUAAAUCGGAGGACAAGGUUUCUCACACUGUGGACAAGGUUCCUCACUUUGAGGUCAAGGUUCUUCACUCUGUGGACAAGGUUCUUCACUCUGAGGACAAGAUUCUUCACUCUGCGGACAAGGUUCCUCACUCUGAGGACAAGGUUCUUCAAUCUGAGGACAAGGUUCCUCACUUUGAGGACAAGGUUAUUUAAACUCUGACGACAACGUUCUUCACUCUGAGGACAAGGUUCUUCACUCUGCGAACAAGGUUCCUCACUUUGAGGACAAGGUUCGUCACUAUGAGGACAAGGUUCUUCACUCUGAGGACAAGGUUCUUCACUCUGAGGACAAGGUUCUUCAUUCCGAGGAGAAGGUUUCUCACACUGUGGAGAAGGUUCCUCACUUUGAGGUCAAGGUUCUUCACUCUGAGGACAAGGUUCUUCAUUCUGAGGACAAGGUUCUUCACUCUGCGGACAAGAUUCCUCUCUCUGAUGUCAAGGUUCUUCACUAUGAGGACAGGGUUCUUCACUCUGAGGACAAGGUUCUUCACGCUGAGUACAAGGUUUUCACCCUGAAGACAAUGUUCCUCAAACUGAGGACAAGGUUCUUCACUCUGAGGACAAGAUUCUUCACUCCGAGGACCAGGUUCUUCACUCUGAGGACAAGGUUCCUCACUCUGAGCACAUGGUUCUUCAAUCUGAGGACAAGGUUCCUCACACUGUGGACAAGGUUCCUCACUUUGAGGACAGGGUUCUACACUCUGAGGACAAUGUUCUUCACUCUGAGGACAAGGUUCUUCAUUCUGAGGACAAGCUUCCUCACCCUGAGGACAAGGUUCUUCACUCUGAGGACAAGGUUCUUCACUCUGAGGACAAGGUUGUUCACGCUGAGGACAAGGUUUUUCACCCCGUGGACAAGGUUCCUCACUUUGAGGACAAGGUUAUUUAAACUCUGAGGACGAGGUCCUUCACUCUGAGGGCAAGGUUCUUCACUCUGAGGACAAGGUUCUUCACGCUGAGGACAAGGUUCCUCACAUUGUGGACAAGGUUCCUCACUUUGAGGACAAAGUUCUUCACUCUGAGGACAAGGUUCUUCACUCUGAGGACAAGGUUCUUCACUCUGAGGACAAGGUUCUUCAAUCUGAGGGCAAGGUUUCUCACACUGUGGACAUAUGUUCCUCACUUUGAGGACAAGGUUCUUCACUCUGAGGACAAGAUUCUUCACUUUGAGGACAAGGUUCUUGACUCUGAGGACAAGGUUCUUCACUCUGCGGACAAGGUUCCUAACUCUGAGGACAAGGUUCCUCACUCUGAGGACAAGGUUCUUUAAUCUGAGGACAAGGUUCAUCACUUUGAGGACAAAGUUAUUUAAACUCUGAGCACAAGGUUCUUCACUCUGAGGACAAGGUUCUUCAUUCUGCGGACAAGGUUCCUCACUCUGAGGAAAAGGUUCUUCACUCUGAGGACAAGGUUUUUCACCCUGAGGACAAUGUUGCUCACACUGAGGACAAGGUUCUUCACUCUGAGUACAAGGUUCUUCACUAUGAGGACAAGGUUCCUCAAUAUGAGGACAAGGUUCUUCACGCGGAGGACAAGGUUCUUCACUUUGAGGACAAGGUUCUUAACACUGAGGACAAGGUUCCUCACUCUGAGGACAAGGUUCUUCACUUUGAGGACAAGGUUCUUCACUCUGAGGACAAGGUUCUUCACUCUGAGGACAAGGUUCUUCACUCUGAGGACAAGGUUCUUCACUCUGAGGACAAGGUUCCUCACACUGUGGACAAGGUUCCUCACUUUGAGGACAAGGUUCUUCACUCUGAGGACAAGGUUCUUCACUCUGAGGACAAGGUUCUUCACUCUGCGGACAAGAUUCCUCAUUCUGAGGACAAGGUUCCUCACUCUGAGGACAAGGUUCUUCAAUCUGAGGACAAGGUUCCUCACUUUGAAGACAAGGUUAUUUAUACUCUGAGGACAAGGUUCUUAACUCUGAGGACAAGGUUCUUCGCUAUGCGGACAAGCUUCCUCACCCUGAGGACAAGGUUCUUCACAAUGAGGACAAGGUUCUUCACUCUGAGGACAAGGUUCUUCACGCUGAGGACAAGGUUUUUCACUCCGUGGACAAGGUUCCUCACUUUGAGGACAAGGUUAUUUAAACUCUGAGGACAAGGUCCUUCACUCUGAGGACAAGGUUCUUCACUCUGUGGACAAGGUUCUUCACGCUGAGGACAAGGUUCCUCACACUGUGGACAAGGUUCCUCCCUUUCAAGAGAACGUUCUUCACUCUGAGGACAAGGUUCUUCACUCUGAGGACAAGGUUCUUCACUCUGAGGACAAGGUUCUUCAAUCUGAGGACAAGGUUUCUCACACUGUGGAGAAGGUUCCUCACUUUGAGGUCAAUGUUCUUCACUCUGAGGACAAGGCUCUUCACUCUGCAGACAAGGUUCCUAACUCUGAGGACAAGGUUCCUCACUUUGAGGACAAGGUUCUUUAAUCUGAGGACAAGGUUCCUCACUUUGAGGACAAAGUUAUUUAAACUCUGAGGACAAGGUUCUUCAGUCUGAGGACAAGGUUCUUCAGUCUGAGGACAAGGUUCUUCAGUCUGAGGACAAGGUUCUUCACUCUGCGGACAAGGUUCCUCACUCUGAGGAAAAGGUUCUUCACUAUGAGGACAAGGUUCUUCACGCUGAGGACAAGGUUUUUCACCCUGAGGACAAUGUUCCUCACACUGAGGACAAGGUUCUUCACUCUGAGUACAAGGUUCUUCACUAUGAGGACAAGGUUCUUCACUCUGAGGACAAGGUUCUUCACGCUGAGGAAAAGGUUCUUCACCCUGAGGACAAGGUUCUUAACACUGAGGACAAGGUUAUUCACUCUGUGGACGAGGUUCUUCACUCCGAGGACAAGGUUCUUCACAACCUCGUCCCCAGGGCCUAUUGAGGAAGGAGGCGAAGCAGCAAUGGCUUUGGUAAAGCCUGGUCACGUGAUGCUUCAAAUUUUGAAUAUUUCAGAAUAUUUAUCUUUUCAAACCGGGGGUGCGGGCCGCUUUGGUUUUAUCAAACAUGGCCGUGCAAAGGGGCGAUAGAAGCUUUUGCGACUGAAACUAUGAUGAUAAACUUUUCAACUGACAGUGGAAAUAAAUAUAUAGUCUGCGAUGUUCUUCAAAAAAAUAUGGAAUAUAAUCAUCAGCAAUACUUGUCGAAGAUCAAGAUUCAAAGAGAAGGGUCUAAACGCUGACUGGCAACAGUAAAUAUUUCUUUUCAUCUUGGAAGCGUGUUUUAUAAUAUUUGUCGUUUGGGAGUCAAUAACGUACUGUCAGUGAAGAAUUUGAUUUGGGACUUUGAUGUACCUUUAUGAAAAGAUUACUACUGAAUACAAAUGUGCAUGUAAAAUGUGAUUAGAACGUUUUAAUAUGAACAGUUGCACUGUCAUUGACUCAAUAUAUUUUAAUGUGGGACAAACAUUAAAAAAAAACAUUAAAGUACAUUAAAGGGCUUUUAGCUUGGUUUUCCACUUUUUUGAUACAACUAUAGAAUACCCACAACUUUCACAUCUUACCGCUAUUAAUUUCUUGCAAACAUUGUCAAUUUACUCAAAAUUGAUCUAAUAUGAUUGCCUCAUUCUUCAAAACCCCCCAGUCAAAUUUGAACCAAACUAACAUACUCAUAUGAUUUAAUCUCUAAACUUUACCCUUAAACUAUUUUGAAGGGAUUCUUGUACAUAUUUAAUAUGUGUCAAUGAAUGCGGAAAAAUGGCGAGGUAUUCUAUAAGCAUUUCGGCAUGUGUGUUUUUGAACCUUCACUGUUGAGAGAGCAUGCCAUGAGUUUCCCCAGAUUAUCUGAGCACUUCAACCAGACCAACAGCUGCCAAAUGGCAACUACUAUGCUCAGAGUUGUAACUUGACACUUGCCCGGGGCAAGUGAAUAUCAUGAUGGGCAAGUAAAAGUUCCCUCUUGGUUGCCCGAACGGGAAAGUUGCUUUGCCACAAAAAGCUGGCCAGCUUUCAGUUCAUAUUAUUAUUGUCGGAUAGAAUAAAGGCUGUUCGACGACAUUGGUUCAAGCUAGCAAAUCAUCUGCAUCAAAUUCAUCUAAAUUGUUUGAUUAUAUUAUGCAUUGAUUCUCUUUUUGGUUAUUAAAUGUUUAUUCAUGAUAUGAUAACGAAAUAUGGCAGGACUUAAUUUAUGGCAGGACUUAAUUUGGGACUUUAUUAGUCCUGUUGUCUGUGCCUUCAAUUUCUUAUUGUAAAACUAAUAAAAAAAAAAAAUAAAUAAUGGUGAUUAGUGUUACAUUAAAUAAGUGUACUUGAUUCAAAUUUUGUUUAAUAUGUGAGCCAAAGCUAGAUAUGAGGUAGUCUAGAUCUGAGGCAGUAACAUAGCCAAUGCCACUAGUCCAAUGAGUGGAUAUGUUGCCUCCCUAAUUUAUACUGGCCUGCGUAGGUACCCCAUUGCCUGAUGGCAAGUGGAUUUUAUUCAGGGCAACCAAUUUUCAUGUCCAACUUGCCCUGAGGGCAAGUGGUCAAAAAAGUUAAGUUACACCACUGAUGCUGUAUACAAAUUAUAUACCUGAAAGGUAACUUACAUCAUAUUGUGUCAUUUAAAUACUAAUACUUGUAUUCUCACAGUGUAUUAAGAUAUACAAAUGCACUUGUGAUGCCCAACGAAUUGCCACAAAAAAACCCAUAAACCACAAAUCAGUCAAUUUCAGUAAGUAGGGCACACUGGGGCACAUUGCAGCUCAAUGGGUUAACUAGAGAUAUUGUCAGAUUUUGGUUAAUAACCAUAAUUGUAAGAGGUCAGUACAGUCUGUAACAAUAAGUAAUUCAGGAAUUCACACAAUUCUCAACAGUUAAAUGAUUAUCGGAUUUCAUGUUAAAUGAUUAUCGGAUAAUGUUGAGCAUCAAGAAUAUAUGUAUAAUAUCCUUCAUACAUCUAUAAUAAUAUUCAGGCUAAAUAUCAUAGUUAUUAUUUUAUGUACAGUACUAUAGUUGUAUCAGGUAUAAAGAUACGAGGUGAAGCCAAGUAUCUUUAGGUCUGAUAAAGCAUACACUGCAAAUGUUUUAAAUUGCUCAACUGAUGGUCACCAACAACAAAUAGUACUUUAUUACAAGGCGGCAAAAUGUAUUUAAAUUAAAAGAGAUGAAUAAUCUUGUCACUUGAUACAUUUGACACCAGGCCGGUGUCUUGUAUUUGUCCAUAAGAGACCCCUUGUUAUUGUAUCAUGUUUUGAGAAUGAGUUCAAUUUUGAUAUUUGUUGUUGAUCUGAGCAAAAUAUUGAUUAUUGAUUUGCCUACUGAGGCACACAGUAUUGAACAGUCAAUUGUGGUGAGUGAUGCUGAACUGCCUGUUGUAUGUUGUGAGUGAUUUUGAGCGCCUGUUGUGAUGAGUGACACUGAAUUGCCCCAAUUGUGGCUCAGGAAAAAAUGUACCUGCUGACUUGUCAAAUAAUCUCCUUAAAUAAUGUUCUGGGAAGUAAUUUGUGUAAUUGAUUACAAACAAAAACAAGGGCUUGUUAACAGUAUAAUGAGGAAAUUAAUUCCAUCUCAUUAUAUUAUUCAGCCUUGAUAAAGCAUAUGGAGGCUUUCUGUCUGAUUUGACCCUCAUGCAUGUAAUUGUUUGGGAAUGCCUGAUCAUUAAGAUCACAACAUUUGUUUUGAAGCUUGGCCUUUGAAAUCUAAACCCAAAGCACUAUAUGUGUGUUCACAAUGUUCUUGGGAUAAGAAUGAAAAUCAAAUCAAAUAUUUCAACUCAAUUAAAUUCAGGAAAUGUUAAUUUAACCACGGAGGUCAACCAGGUUAUACUCGGGGCAUAUGGCUAACAUAAGCAUUUAAAUUCCAAGUGCAUACGAUGUUGACAUUCCUUGUUUUUCAGACAUUCUUUGGGUCUUGUACUCCCUUUAACUGUUAAAUAUACUGUAUGAUAUUGACAUUUGCAAGAAAGAUCUACUGUAGCAACAAUAACUAUUAAAUGUUUUGAUGAUCAUGGAGUCCAUAUUAUUAAAUUAAAGUGAUUUUACAUAUCUGUUUCACAAUCGAGGCAGCAAUUUCCUUGCGACAGUAUUAAAUUCAUAGUAUAAAUGCUUCUAUCGAUCCAUUCGUUUUGCACUGUUGCUUUGUGAUUUAAUAGAUCUCCUUUACAGUUCAACCAAGGUUCUCAGAGCUAAUUUGAAGACAAUUUCAAAUUUAUUCAAUAUUUUUGGAAGAACUUUAACAGAUUUUUUCAUUUUAAAAUAGAUUUUUGUUCUUUAUUUGUCGAUUUCUGUGUUUAUGCAAUAUUGACGAAUAUAUUGUAGCUAAAGCGAUCAGCGAUCGCACCCCCCUGUAUAGUAUUUGCUCCGAUAUAUCACGUGACAAAAUAAUCCACAAUUUGUGGAUUAUUUCACCAGCCUUUACCAGGGCCUUUGCUGCCCUUCGCCUCCUUCCUUAAAAGGCCCUGGGGACGAGGUUGAUCAGGACGCAGGAAAAUUUCGCACUGGUCCCGCGAGUUCGAGACAUGUGCGAGACGGCUCGGAAAUUUGUAUACAAAACAAAUUCAAGACAUAUUUGAUAUUUGUAAUUUUGUGCCACAUUGUGCCUUGUUUUUAAAUGCUAUUUCACGUGUAUUUGCCUGUCGAAGGUUGAAAUUUAAAGAAUAUGGCUGGCCAAGGCGAUAAAUCGACUGGAAAAGAUGAAGGCGAAGUGAAAUCUACACCGUCAAUUACUGUAUUAUAAUUUUAAACCAAGAGGUCGCACCGCCGUUGGUUUCUAAUACUGAUAUGAAAGGUACAAAGCUUUAUAUUUUUAUAUUUUGUACUGUUUUGUUUCAUUUUUUGACGAUAGUUGACGAGAAAAUAUUCUUGUCUAAAGCUUGCUUCAAUCGUCAAAGGAGAAACGUUCUUAGUUUGACUUUUAUAUAUAGACAUUUAGUAUGCGUGACCAUUUGUAUUCGAAGUGA